CGACAUUCGCGCUUUCGGCCUCUGCAACCGCGACGACAACACCACAACUCCUCUCUCGACGCUCCGACAUCGACGACUGGACACACUGCUGGGGAUGGAAGAAUAGGAGGCAUGAAAUGAGUCUCGAUGCAGCUGGCACGACCUGCGCAACGCCCCAGAGCUCGCAGCCAUGGUAGAGCCGGCGCCAGUCUCGACCCUACCUCCUCUGCUACCAGCUGCAAGGCCCCCCACGCCACCACGCGAGUCGAAUCACGGGGAGACAAAGUCGUCCAAUUUGAUCGGACGAUUUUCCCAGAAGGAAUCCUCCUCCCGGCGCUCCUCAACAAACUCGAACUUCACCCCCGAAUCAUCUGCUGAGUCCCCGAGCCAGCCCGCUGGUGUCUACUCCCGGAAGAAGGUUGGCUUUGCAAACUGGACCGAGUACAACGAGCCUCCCGAAGUCUCCUUUGAUGGCAAAGGGCAGAUUACGCACGCUGUGCAACGUCUCCCUCCUUCUGCAGAACGAAAGCCCUCGAAAUCAAUCCUCAAGCCCUCCAAUGGAUCUCACGAAGAGGACUACAGCAGUGUAGGGGGUAGCACGAAGCUUCUUCCACCCCACCACCACGCAACGUUUGCCACUAUGCUCGAAUCGAUCGUACGGCAGCUGGCCGGAAAAGGUAGGAGCUCGAAGCAAGAUGCAUACCUGAUGUUGUCGGGCUCCUUGAAGGCUUCAGACAAUAUUCCCGACAUGAAAGCGUUGAAGGAGAAGAUGCCAUUGCUAUGUCAAUUCAUCUGGAGGGAUUUGUCGGAGAAGCUCGAGAAUGGGAACACGGAUUCGACCCUCGUCACCAAAGCUCUGGUCCUGUUGUCUAGCUUUCUACAGAAGCCAGCCGUUGCCGAAACCUUCCCAACUGAAUUCCCAAUGCACAUCGUUGAUCACGCCAUCAAGGUAUUGGAGGAUGGCACUGCUUCGAAGGAUAUUUUGAAGCACCUCAUGUUUGUAUUGGCGCAGCAAAAUUUCUCCCCAAAAAUCAUGAACCAGGAACGAACCGGACGUCUGAUCUUCGCAUUGCACCAGAUUGAGAGCCAUGUAAAGGGCAAGAGCAUUAUCAUGGGACGACUGGAGAUCUAUCGCACCCUUCUGCGACAAUCGAAACCCCACAUGCUUUCCAAUACGACUUGGGUCCCUGACUUAUUCACGGAUAUGAUGAGCAGUAUCCGAGAAAUACGCACCUCAGCAAUCACAUUUGGUCUCGAGUCUUCCUUUGUGCUCGGAAGAGAGAGAAACGCUUCCCGGGCGGUAUCAAAUCUUUUUGAGGGCGAGACCACGGACGAAAAGGAUGGGCCGAAAUUUGCGGAUUUCUACGCCAGUAAAUUACGGGAUGUGGUUAAAAACAAAGAGGACAACAGCUCAACGGUGCCUCAAAUCUUCAGCGUGCUCGUCUUGUUCCUUCGACACAAGCCACAACUAUUGGAGCAAUGGGCGUACCUGAAUCUUUUCCUCGGUGUGUUGCAGCAUUGCUUCAACUCCAGCGAUUCGGCUACGAAAAUGGAAGCGAAUUAUGCUUGGAAUCGACUCAUUUAUGCGAUUCUGCCAAGUGAUAAGACGCCGCCGAAUGUGAGAGGCAUCCUCUCGAGACCUUUGAUUGCGCAGCUCAAACGAAGCAGCCGAAAGGCCACGAUAAGCAGCGUUUGCAAUUUACUAUACUACGCCUUAAGGCCAAAUUCGCCACCAGCCCAGCUUGACAUGUAUUGGGACGAGUAUGUUGUUUCCAUUGUCGGCCAAUGCUUGGUCGCUGGGAUGCGAAGUGAUCCAGAUCUGGUAGCAAAAGAUGCAACGGAUGCAUGCAACAUUCUUCAUGGUCUCUUUAACCCAACAACAAUUCCGCCAUGGACCGAAACACGCGCCAUGGAGAAUUUCCAACAAAACAAUGUCGAACCCAAAGCACUUCCUGCUCUAGAUUCAAAGUGGUUGCGCAAAAGCUACUCUCGCGUCUUCCCUGUUCUUGGACCACUCCUCGAGAAGCUGUAUUGGGAUCUUGGCGAAGACUCGGAUGUGGCGCGACUUUGGGAAGCUUACGUCGCCUCCGUUGCGUCCCCAAUGAGACAGGAAGUGAAGGUCUCGAUUGACACAAUGGGAUGUGUUGCCUCACUGUUCAGCUUGUUGCAUAAGAUUUGGAACCUUGGGCCGAAGAAUGUAGGAUCCCUUAACCCAUGCAAGGAACCAGCUCUACCGCAGAGCACAUCUGCCUUCUUGCGAAGUUUUGAGAGGCUUGUCUCAACUGCUAUCAGCGGACUUGGCCUGCUUGCGUUCACCGAGAAGCUUCUUUGCAUCACUCAGGAUACCUUCAUCGCUAUCGUGACACCGUCUCAACACCCAAAGAAGCCUCGAGGAAUCACCAAACCCCCAAUUCAACACCUCAUUCUGCUUCUGGUAAAGCUCUCACCCAAUCUCGAAUACGACCUCCGGUUUUCGCAAAUGAUCCGCAACAUUCUUCAUCCUUUCUUCGAAUCCCGCACAUCAAGGAAAUCCCGGUUAGACCUAGUACGGGACUUGCUUCCAUUACUUCCUGCCGAAGGCACGGUGCCUUGCAGACUGGUCUGGCAAAUCCUAGCGGAAUUUGCAGCCAUCGCUGUGGAUACAAGGGACGAAAAGGAUGUGAAUCGAGGCAGUGAGCAGCCGCUCGGUGUGGAAUACCGUGAAGUAGUUAGCAUCCUUGAGGUUGGCAUCGGUAUCUCUCCCAAUCAACCAUUAUCCCGCUGGAAUGCUCUACUUGGAGCUUUGGCUACAUCAGCCACGCUCGAUGCGGGCGAUGCGGGCAGAGCCAUUGCAGUGAUCGAGCCUCUGGCGAAGUCCUUUCUUCCAACCCCAACCACUACUGUCGCGGCCAUGACAGGGCUGGCUUAUUUGCAUUCGUUAGUUGGACAGGUAGUCCCUUAUCCUAGGGACCGACAAGCUCUCGAUGCCGCAAGACGACGGCUAUGGGGCACUGAUAACGCAGGUUCCAAGGGUUCAAGUUUUGAUCCUUAUGUUCAUUUGUACGAGUACAUCCAAAAUUGUCUGGUUGCAGGUUACGAUUCACUCUCCAAGCAAAAUCACCAUGAUUAUGCAGUCAUGAUAUCCUCAGUCACAACCCUCUUAGAUCGCUGUCCAACCCAACUAUCUUUGAUCGUUCUUAUCAAAAUUCAAAAGGGUAUCUCGUGCUGGAUUGUUGAUGGCGGCCACAAGGUCAUUGGCGACACUCCUCUGUCGCAAUCAGUAAUCACUCUUUGGGCAACAGUAAUCAAAAUCCUAUCAAAAUUGCCGACGCUGUACAGCCAUACGAAGGUGUUGGGCGAACUGGAACCGUUGAUUUGUUCUGGGCUCGAGAGCAAGCACAAAUACAUCGUUAACAAAAGUAUCCAAUUAUGGAAUUCCGUAUUUGGUGACUGCAGAGGUGGGCUGGAAUACCCUGAGCUGGUCAAAGCUGCGCUCCUCAGACUUCGCCCCUUCACCGACAUUCAACUGCCAUCGCUUCACGAAAGUGUGGAAAGUGAGCUCCUCGUUGAUCAGCGCCAGCCAACAGAUUUUACUGGCAGCCAAGACGAAUCGAGCAACUAUUCCGGGGUGUCGAGUUUGGGGUCAGCAUUUAAGCAGUAUCUCGAGCCUCAUCUGCAACCUUCAGUGAUGCGGAGAAUUCGUCAAUCUACGCCUCAGGUCAUCAUCCAGGUUGGGGGGACACAAUCACGGAAACGAUCGCGAGAAGCUACACCAGAGACAUCGAACAGGAAGUCACGGAAACGAGAAAUUACACCAAGGCUAAGGCAUGAUGAUUCCCAGGUGCAAUUUGAGGCGAUCGAGUCCUCCCCCAUGGCUGACAGGAUCGUGGACUCGCAGCUGUUGACUGACAAGCAGAAGGAGGUCAAGGAACGCCAACAAACUGAGGCGGCGAUGUUUCCGGACCUGCGGUCCAAUCCCUUGCCGAAAGCUAAGUCGGUUGAGAGGUCUGUGGAGGAUCCAGAAUUGCCUGUGCGCCGUUCGUCGUCCAAGAUACGUGCCAUGCUCUCGCCAAAUGUCUUGCGGCAAACCACACCUACACUUGUUCUUCCCAGCGAUGAUGAUAACCAAGUUCCUUCUUCUCCAACUCCUACGAGAUCUUUGCGCGGGGAAGUACAGGUUCCAGAUCCCCCAUCGUCACCACCAGAACCUGUUCAGCACAAGAGUGUCGAGUAUUCUGAGGCCAUCUCUUCUUCGCCUGCAGAAGUGACACCAGAACCAGACAACAACACCACAAUGUCGCUCAGCCCUUCGGCGCAGGUUGAUGCCUAUGCUGCCGAAAUCAGUACCCGGACAAUGUCAACUGUUGAAAGCACGCCAGUGGAACGUGGCUCAUCACCAGUUGACCCCUCCGCUCAGCUGCAGGCUACCGAGGCUGAGUACCUGCAGAGGAUAGCCGAAGAAAGAGUAGAACCUGCAUUGGAUCCCGUCACAAACCCUCAACUACCCGGCACGCCACCCCGAAACAAAACAGAGUCCCCACCAAAUCAACAAACUCCUAAGACACCACAAUUUGUUGAUGCGCGGUCAAGUCCUGCAUCUUCUGACAAGAUGUCUACCAAUGGAGAUGUAUUUGAGGAUGCAUUUUCUUCUCCUCGAUUAAACAUUUCUAGAAUACGCCUGAACAAGUCAUCUUCGCCUCUCGGCGAUGCGGACGAUUCUAGUGUGCUUCGACUGGUGGCUGAAUACGAUGAAGGGUCAGGUCACGUUGGACGGCAAGUCUCGUUUGCUGAGGAAAAGAACCAAGCCCAACGGAAGCGUACUUCUCCCGCUAAGCAAACAUCUUCGCCCGCAGCCCCAUCUCCACGCAAGCUGUCGCUGAGAAACCGAUCUACAACUCAAUCUGAGGACAAAGAACCAAGUUUUACAUCUGAGGUUCAGGGGCCUUCUUCUUAUCCAUCCCGGAUACCGGAAACGCCAGCAGCGAGACCCAAUGAGAUUUCCAUGAAGAUCAUCAUCGAUGGAGAAGAAUUUGACCAGGAAGAUACCAUUGUCGUGGAUACUUCGAGCCUGGAGAGACUUGACAGUCGCCCAACAGCCAAACGCGGCGGCGCACCCAAGAAACUCACCACCUACGCCAAUAAUAAGAGGAAGCUACUCGCUGAGGACAUGGAUGAGGUACCCGAUAGUCAGGAAGUUGAGGAGGCAGUGGAGAAGAAGAGGAAACGCCGGCUCGCUGAGGGUGCGAGUGAGGUCGCCCAAGGUCAAGAUCCCAACGCGGCUGUGGCGAGAUCUUCCCCGAGGAAGAAAUCCCCAAAGAAGAAACGCCAGCACGGACGAUCGAAUAGAGCAUCCCAAGCGUCACAGCAUCAGGCAGAUGCGGAGGCUGGACGAAGUCAGAGUCCUUCGGUGGAUCUCGAUGCCUCGAUGCUCGAUGUGGAAGUUGAAGACUGUACAAGGAAUGUACCCACCUCGAGUGGCAAGACGACAGCGAUUGAAGAGGGAGCGGAUGAUACUGAGGCACUACUGGAUGCGAGCCGCGAGAUAUCGUCCACCACAGAGGACGUAUCUGCCCCAGAGGAAGAUAUCAACAUGGCAGCAACGGUCGAUGAGCUCGUCGAGGAUGCGGGAACUGCAGACGAAUCGAUCGACGAAGCCGAAGAUUCGCCAAUGGUCAGCGAAGUUCAAGCGGCUAGUCAAGUCCUUGAGAGAUUUGAGGAGACAACCAUCAAUGAGAGCACUUUCAAGGCCGAAUCCAGCCCAGCCCCAGAGACAUCCAAACCGGAGAACGAUCCUUCUGCGCAGAUUAUCCCUGCAACUACUUCCGAGGUUGUCGAAAUUGGAGGUGCAGCCGAGGAAGAAGCUUCUACAGAUGUGCUCAACGAAGCUGAGCCUGAACUCUUAACCCUCGAGAGCAUCAUCAAAACCAAGCUUGGAAACCUAAUUGAUGACUUGAAAUCUGCAGCUUUAAGCAGGGAGGGGACUCGCGAAAUUGAAGAUUUGUUCUACGAUGCAAAGGAGCAGUUGUACGGUGCGGAACGGCGAGGAAGACAGAGGGGGGUCAGUGAGAUGAACAUGUGAUUAUAAAUUGCAUCGCGAUUGGAGUUUUGCUUUGCUUCUAGAUAUUUUGGGCGGUUGAUGGACAGUGAAAAUGGACGGCUGCAUGGGCAUGGGCGGAGUAUCAUCGAGGAGACAGAACAUUGUAACUAAGACUCCAAAUAUUGAUUGUGUUACAUGCGAUGUUUGGUCGGAUUCGUAAAAGAAGCUUGAUGUCGAUGUCUGUUUUUGGUGUGAGGGGAUUAAAGCCCAACUUGAAGAUUAUUUAUAGACGUGAUACUCGCAAACAAGGAACUUGAACUGUAUGCACGG